GGCCGUGGCCAUCUUGCGCCUCGGCGGAGCGGAAGCCUCGGCUCUUUUCCGGCCGGAAGUGGCCUCUCUAGGAUAGCCGGGCGCCGUCUCGGUGGUCAGGAGCUGCAGGGACCGGAAGUCCGUGUCCGCGGGAGCUUCCGGGAGCCGCGGCUGCGGGCGGCUGACGUGGAGGCUUGCAGCGGGGCGGCGGGGAGCGGCGGGGCGCGGGGAGGACCUGGGAGCCGCGGGCCUGAAGGAUGCUCACCAAAUUCGAGACCAAGAGCGCGCGGGUCAAAGGACUCAGUUUUCACCCCAAAAGACCCUGGAUCCUGACCAGUUUGCACAAUGGGGUCAUCCAGUUAUGGGACUAUCGGAUGUGCACCCUCAUUGACAAGUUUGACGAACAUGAUGGCCCAGUCCGAGGAAUCGACUUCCAUAAGCAGCAGCCACUGUUUGUCUCUGGAGGAGAUGACUAUAAAAUUAAGGUUUGGAAUUACAAGCUUCGGCGCUGUCUCUUCACCUUGCUGGGGCACUUAGACUACAUACGCACCACAUUUUUUCAUCAUGAAUAUCCUUGGAUACUGAGCGCCUCAGAUGAUCAGACCAUCCGGGUGUGGAACUGGCAGUCUAGAACUUGCGUCUGUGUUUUAACGGGGCACAACCAUUAUGUAAUGUGUGCUCAGUUUCACCCCUCAGAAGACCUGGUUGUAUCAGCCAGCCUCGACCAGACUGUGCGUGUUUGGGAUAUUUCUGGUCUAAGGAAAAAAAACUUAUCCCCUGGCGCAGUGGAGCCGGAUGUAAGAGGACUUACUGGCGUUGAUCUGUUUGGAACUACGGAUGCAGUGGUGAAGCAUGUACUGGAGGGUCAUGAUCGUGGAGUGAACUGGGCCGCCUUCCACCCCACUAUGCCCCUUAUUGUAUCUGGGGCAGAUGACCGACAGGUGAAGAUCUGGCGCAUGAAUGAAUCAAAGGCAUGGGAGGUUGAUACCUGCCGGGGCCAUUACAACAAUGUGUCUUGUGCUGUCUUCCAUCCUCGCCAAGAAUUGAUCCUUAGUAAUUCUGAGGACAAGAGUAUCCGGGUCUGGGACAUGUCUAAACGAACUGGGGUUCAGACCUUCCGUAGGGACCACGAUCGUUUCUGGGUCCUAGCUGCCCACCCCAACCUUAACCUCUUUGCAGCAGGUCAUGAUGGUGGCAUGAUUGUGUUUAAACUAGAACGGGAGAGGCCAGCCUAUGCUGUUCACGGCAAUAUGCUGCAUUAUGUCAAGGACCGGUUCUUACGUCAGUUGGAUUUCAACAGCUCUAAAGAUGUAGCUGUGAUGCAGUUGCGGAGUGGUUCCAAAUUUCCAGUGUUCAAUAUGUCAUACAAUCCAGCAGAAAAUGCCGUCCUACUGUGUACAAGAGCUAGCAAUUUAGAGAAUAGUACCUAUGACCUAUACACCAUCCCCAAGGAUGCUGACUCUCAGAACCCUGAUGCUCCUGAAGGGAAACGAUCCUCGGGCCUGACAGCUGUUUGGGUUGCUCGAAAUCGGUUUGCUGUCCUAGAUCGGAUGCACUCACUUCUGAUCAAGAAUCUAAAGAAUGAAAUCACCAAGAAAGUUCAGGUGCCCAACUGUGAUGAGAUCUUUUACGCUGGCACAGGCAACCUCCUGCUUCGAGACGCGGACUCCAUCACACUCUUUGACGUGCAGCAGAAGCGAACUCUGGCAUCUGUGAAGAUUUCCAAGGUGAAAUAUGUCAUCUGGUCAGCAGACAUGUCCCAUGUAGCUUUACUGGCCAAACAUGCCAUUGUGAUCUGUAACCGCAAACUGGAGGCUCUGUGUAACAUUCAUGAGAACAUCCGUGUCAAGAGUGGGGCCUGGGAUGAGAGUGGGGUAUUUAUCUAUACCACAAGCAACCACAUCAAAUAUGCUGUCACCACUGGGGACUAUGGGAUCAUUCGAACUCUGGAUUUACCCAUCUAUGUCACAAGGGUGAAGGGCAACAACGUAUAUUGCCUAGAUAGGGAGUGUCGUCCUCGUGUGCUCACCAUUGAUCCUACUGAGUUCAAGUUCAAGCUGGCCCUGAUCAACAGAAAAUAUGAUGAGGUACUGCACAUGGUGAGAAACGCCAAACUAGUAGGCCAGUCUAUUAUUGCUUAUCUCCAGAAGAAGGGCUAUCCUGAAGUGGCACUGCAUUUUGUCAAGGACGAGAAAACUCGCUUUAGUCUGGCACUGGAGUGUGGAAACAUUGAGAUUGCUCUGGAAGCAGCCAAAGCGCUGGAUGACAAGAACUGCUGGGAAAAGCUGGGAGAGGUGGCCUUGCUACAGGGGAACCACCAGAUUGUGGAAAUGUGUUAUCAACGCACCAAAAACUUUGACAAGCUUUCCUUCCUAUAUCUCAUCACUGGCAACUUAGAAAAACUUCGCAAGAUGAUGAAGAUAGCCGAGAUCCGAAAGGACAUGAGUGGCCAUUAUCAGAAUGCCCUGUACCUGGGUGAUGUGUCAGAACGGGUGCGGAUCCUAAAGAACUGUGGGCAGAAAUCACUGGCUUACCUAACAGCUGCUACCCAUGGCUUAGAUGAAGAAGCUGAGAGCCUGAAGGAGACAUUUGACCCAGAAAAGGAGACAAUUCCAGAUAUUGACCCUAAUGCCAAGUUGCUCCAGCCUCCUGCACCUAUCAUGCCAUUGGAUACCAAUUGGCCCUUAUUGACGGUGUCCAAAGGGUUCUUUGAAGGCUCCAUUGCCAGCAAGGGGAAGGGAGGAGCACUGGCUGCUGACAUUGACAUUGACACAGUUGGUACUGAGGGCUGGGGAGAGGAUGCCGAGCUGCAGCUGGAUGAAGAUGGAUUUGUGGAGGCUACAGACAGUUUGGGAGAUGACGCUCUUGGGAAGGGACAGGAAGAAGGAGGUGGCUGGGAGGUAGAAGAAGAUCUGGAGCUCCCUCCUGAGCUGGACAUACCCCCUGCAGCUGGUGGGGCUGAGGAUGGGUUCUUUGUGCCCCCCACCAAGGGCACCAGCCCAACUCAGAUCUGGUGCAAUAACUCUCAGCUUCCAGUUGAUCACAUCCUGGCAGGAUCUUUUGAAACCGCCAUGAGGCUCCUUCACGACCAGGUAGGGGUAACCCAGUUUGGCCCCUACAAGCAACUGUUCCUGCAGACCUACGCCCGAGGCCGUACCACCUAUCAGGCUCUGCCCUGCCUGCCCUCCAUGUAUGGCUAUCCUAAUCGCAAUUGGAAGGAUGCAGGGCUGAAGAAUGGUGUACCAGCUGUGGGCCUGAAACUUAAUGACCUCAUCCAACGGUUGCAACUGUGCUACCAGCUCACCACCGUUGGCAAGUUUGAGGAGGCGGUGGAAAAAUUCCGAUCCAUCUUACUCAGUGUGCCACUGCUUGUUGUGGACAAUAAACAGGAGAUUGCAGAGGCCCAGCAGCUCAUCACCAUUUGCCGUGAGUACAUUGUGGGUUUGUCCAUGGAGAUCGAAAGGAAGAAGCUGCCUAAAGAGAGUCUGGAACAGCAGAAACGCACCUGCGAGAUGGCAGCCUAUUUCACCCACUCAAACCUGCAGCCUGUGCACAUGAUCCUGGUGCUGCGGACAGCCCUCAACCUCUUCUUCAAGCUCAAGAACUUUAAAACAGCUGCCACCUUUGCUCGGCGCCUGUUGGAACUUGGGCCCAAGCCAGAGGUGGCUCAACAGACCCGGAAAAUCCUGGCAGCCUGCGAGAAGAACCCCACAGAUGCCUACCAACUUAAUUAUGACAUGCACAACCCUUUCGACAUCUGUGCUGCAUCUUACCGGCCCAUCUACCGUGGAAAACCAGUGGAAAAGUGUCCACUCAGUGGGGCCUGCUAUUCCCCUGAAUUCAAGGGUCAGAUCUGCAGGGUCACUACAGUGACAGAGAUUGGCAAAGAUGUGAUUGGUUUAAGGAUCAGUCCUCUGCAGUUUCGCUGAAGCCCCUUUGUGUAUAGGGUCAGUCAUCAUAUUCUCCUCAGUCUCCACCCCAAACCCAAGAAUUAAUCUUCAUGUCCUAACCUGUCCCUUUCCCUGCCCUAAGAUCAAGUGUUCUUUUCUCUUGUUCUAUGGCUAAUAAAUGUCUAAGCUUGACUUCUUGUAUUUUUUGUCUCUGAGGACCUUUCAUUCUCUCAAUCUUACAGUUGUGGUCACAGUUGGACUUGCCUUCUCAGCUUACCUCUUUCAAGAAACAAAUGAAAAUGCAGUGGUGAACUUUUGUUUAGUAAAUUCCUUCAGUGCUAAUCCUUUUCUUCCCUUUUACCUUUCUAUCCUCUUUGUUAGAAAGGAGUGGGAUGUAAUAAAUAAGGUAGCAUCUUUUCCUCCAUCACAGCAAACUAAGACAUCCUGCAUUUUCAACUUCCAGGCAGGUACCCUCCCUCUCUGUGCCCAGAAAUUUAAAGUUGGAAAAAAAACUGUCUGGUUUUCCAAAAAUGCACGUCACUUUUUAUUGACUUGUUUUUUUAUAAUCAUUGUUCUUAUUUGUUGUUUCUCACACUAAAUAAACUAAAUUACUGCGA